AUGUCUUCUGUUACUGCUUCUGCUUACACCUUCAAAUACUUCCCACGAUAUGGAAAAUUGACAAAGGAGAUGAAAAUGGAAUUGGAUGAACAUUCACGUCAAAUGGCAAGGCUUAUGAUUCAUGUCCAAGGACUUAAUCAAUCCAAGAAACAAUUGAAGAAGGAUCAACAGAGAGAGGAUACCGACGCCGAUUGUAUGGCUCAGCCAGAGUCUACGAAUUCUAGCCCAGUAACUUCUGAAGCCUCGUCGACGUCUCCAGAAUUAGAAAUCCUGAAUCACUUCUACCAGGAGGACCAAUCCGAAGAAUUUCAACAGAUGUCAAUGAACUACACGCCAGCCAACUACACAGUCUACUUCCAGCCGAUUCAAUACAAUGCCGAAGGAUUCGAACAAGAUGGAUGCACUUAUUUUCAUUAUUAA